CGAUGAAAAAAUUUCCAGUAUAUUUGGCAACAUGGAGGCCCUUUACCAGUUCCAGAGUAACUUCCUCAAAGAACUGGAGAUGUGUAUAGACUGGAAGGAUCCCCAUAAAUCUUGUAUAGGUGCAGCUUUCAUUCGCAAUAGAGAAAAAUUUGAGAUCUACAGUGAAUAUUGCAACAAUCAUCCUCUGCGGUGUCAUCCUUACAAGAGCUUUAUCAGGACCAGAAAUACAUCCACUUCUUCGAGGCAUGCAGACUUCUACAGGAAAUGAUUGACAUCUCUUUGGAUGGCUUCCUUCUUACCCCUGUACAGAAAAUUUGCAAAUAUCCUCUUCAACUUCAAGAACUUUUGAAAUACACAAAGGCGGACCAUCCUGAUUACGUCAGUGUCCAAGGAGCACUUGAAGCCAUGCGUGAUGUAGCACUUCUUGUCAAUGAACGGAAACGAAGAAUGGAGUGCUUAGAGAAAAUAGCUUCCUGGCAGAUCACAGUUGAAGGCUGGGAGGGACCAGAACUCCUUGAGGAUAGUUCACAGCUCAUCUACCAAGGAGAUGUGACCAAAGGAGUGGGCGGCUCAUGGACCAAAGAAGUGUCGCUGUUCCUCUUCGAUCAUCAGCUUGUCUACUGCAAGCGGGACCUCCUCAAGAGGAACACUUUCGUCUACAGAGGGAGACUCAAUCUCGAUAUGUGUGAGAUUGUUGAUCUCCCGGAUGGGAAAGACUCCAGCCUUAAUAUAAAUGCCCAUAAUUCCUGGAAGAUCCGAAGCCUAGAGAAGAAUAAGUGGUAUGUAUUUUCCUGCAAGAUGGCAUCAGAGAAACACAAGUGGAUGGAAGCUUUCAGAAGGGAACGUGACCUUGUGGCCGCAGAUGAGAGUGCUGGCUUUGUCGUAGCAGAGAAAGCAAAACAUCUGGCCAAAGUCGCAGCACGGAACCAAAGGAACAGGCCAAAGAGACCAAGAACCACCAAAUCGCACAAGCGCGUACAGGCCAUGACUUACGCUCAGGCUGAACUUCUAGUCAAUGUUGAUCCUGAAAUGCGCUCCAAUAGCCUUCCCUCUGGUGUUCAGCCACCCGAGGGAAAGAAGAAAGGUUUGUGGUUUAGUUUUGGGGGACACAAGAAAGGAAGAGGGUCCGGAAGAACGUUGAGUCAGAUACAGCACCAUCCUGUUUGAGAAUUCUCUUCGCGGAGAUAGCAGUGUGUGAAGUCUGGUCAAAUGAACUAGUGGAUACUGAUGCUUUAAAGAAUGUUUAUGUUAAUAUUCUUGUCACAUGAGUGGCUUAGCCAACUGUCAUUUCAAAUAGCAGUGCUUCUCUGUCUAGAUGAAUCCAAAAGAAGUCUUCUUUGUGAAUUGGAUGUGAAUGAAAUCUUCCAAGUCUAGUCAUGCCAGAAACUUUUAUAUUUAAUUGAAAUAUUUAACUGGAACAUUAAAAGUUACAAAGGGCAAUGGAGAUACUAAGGCAGGCCUGAACUGAAUUGUAUUUAUUUAUUUGUACUGACAUUGAAAUAAAAAAAAAAAAGACUGCAAAAGUACCCACCUGCAGGUUUGGGUGGUUACAGCAUCUCUUCCAAAGGUGUUCUUGGUGUUAUGUGGCUGGAUGUUGUCACCAAUUAUAAUUCCUUUGAAGUGCCAUUUUGUAAGUAUCUUUUAUUUUUUAACUUCCAAUACAUAGGCAAUAUUUGUUUAUGUAAUGUUCACUCUCAUUAUAUCCCGUGCAGUUCCAAAAAUCAAUGAGUUAAUAAGCUUUACUUGGCAGUUGGUAACCGUUGUAUGGUAGAGCAAAACAGUGUCUUCGUCUUGGUGUAUCUCGAAGCUCAGGUCCCAAGCUCUAUAAUAAAGUCACAAGUUUCCAAAUAAUCUGUAGGGCCGUGGCGCUCACUCUGUUUUUAGGUGUUUAAAAACAAAAUGUUUUGUAUAAUCAUUUUCAUAUCGCUCGAAACAAUUUUUUAAAUAAUGUACUGUACCUAGAAAAAUUGCUUUAUAUUUGACAACUGUAUGCUUGUAUAUAAGUUGAAUGUUUUUUCCAUUUUACAUUAUAUAUUAAUAGUUUAUUAUGUACAGUAAUAUGAAUAUAUGUAUUUGUUGUAUAAAUUGUAUAUAAACAAAAUGUUUCCCUAUAGAA